GGAUCCUGCAAUUAGGUGGCAAAUGGCUCUUUACAAAGACUUACCAAACAGAACCGAUGAUACCUCGGAUCCAGAGAAGACUAUAGAAAGAGUAUUGGAUAUAGCAAAUGUGCUUUUUCAUCUUGAACAGAAAUCUAAAUAUGUGGCCCGGAGAUAUUACAGUCUGGGAAGUAUAGUGGAACAUCCUCAGAGAUCUAAAAAGGCUGUAUGGCAUAAACUACUCUCCAAGCAGAGGAAAAGGGCAGUGGUAGCCUGCUUCCGAAUGGCUCCCUUAUAUAAUCUGCCAAGGCAUCGUGCUGUCAACCUCUUUCUUCAGGGAUAUGAAAAAUCUUGGAUUGAAACAGAAGAGCAUUACUUUGAAGAUAAACUGAUAGAAGAUUUAGCAAAACCUGGGGCAGAACCUCCCGAAGAAGAUGAAAGCACUAAGAGAGUUGACCCUCUACAUCAGCUGAUCCUCCUGUUUAGUCGAACGGCUUUAACAGAGAAAUGCAAAUUGGAGGAAGAUUUUUUAUAUAUGGCUUAUGCAGAUAUUAUGGCAAAGAGUUGUCAUGAUGAGGAAGAUGAUGAGGGUGAAGAAGAAGUGAAGAGUUUUGAAGUCACAGGAUCCCAACGCAGCAAGGAAAAAGAAAUGGAAAAGCAAAAGCUUCUAUACCAGCAAGCACGACUCCAUGAUCGAGGUGCAGCAGAGAUGGUACUGCAGACCAUCAGUGCCAGCAAAGGUGAAACUGGACCAAUGGUGGCUGCUACUUUAAAACUUGGAAUUGCUAUUUUAAAUGGUGGGAACUCUACAGUACAGCAGAAAAUGCUUGACUACCUCAAGGAGAAAAAGGAUGUGGGCUUCUUCCAGAGCCUGGCUGGCCUGAUGCAGUCUUGUAGCGUCCUUGACCUUAAUGCAUUUGAGCGACAAAACAAAGCUGAAGGACUUGGAAUGGUGACAGAGGAAGGAUCAGGAGAAAAGGUUCUGCAGGAUGAUGAGUUCACCUGUGACCUCUUCCGAUUUCUGCAACUACUUUGUGAGGGACACAACUCAGACUUUCAAAAUUAUCUGAGAACUCAGACUGGCAAUAAUACAACUGUCAACAUAAUCAUCUCCACGGUAGACUACCUACUGAGAGUGCAGGAAUCAAUUAGUGACUUCUAUUGGUAUUACUCUGGAAAAGAUGUUAUCGAUGAACAAGGACAACGGAAUUUCUCCAAAGCUAUUCAAGUAGCAAAACAAGUCUUUAACACUCUUACAGAGUAUAUUCAGGGUCCUUGCACUGGAAAUCAGCAAAGUUUGGCACACAGCCGGCUGUGGGAUGCCGUGGUGGGCUUUCUUCACGUAUUUGCCCACAUGCAGAUGAAGCUGUCGCAGGAUUCCAGUCAAAUCGAAUUAUUAAAAGAAUUAAUGGAUCUGCAGAAGGAUAUGGUGGUCAUGUUGCUGUCUAUGUUGGAAGGUAAUGUUGUCAAUGGAACAAUUGGCAAACAGAUGGUUGAUAUGCUUGUGGAAUCUUCCAACAACGUAGAGAUGAUUCUCAAAUUUUUUGACAUGUUCUUAAAACUAAAGGAUCUGACAUCCUCUGAUACAUUUAAAGAAUAUGACCCCGAUGGCAAGGGAGUCAUUUCCAAGAGGGACUUCCACAAAGCCAUGGAGAGCCACAAGCACUAUACGCAGUCCGAAACUGAGUUUCUUUUGUCUUGCGCGGAAACAGAUGAAAAUGAAACCCUUGACUAUGAAGAGUUUGUUAAACGAUUCCACGAACCUGCAAAGGACAUCGGCUUCAAUGUCGCCGUCCUUUUGACAAACCUUUCCGAGCACAUGCCCAAUGACACCCGACUGCAGACCUUUCUAGAAUUAGCAGAGAGUGUGCUGAAUUAUUUCCAGCCCUUUCUGGGCCGCAUUGAAAUCAUGGGAAGUGCCAAACGCAUUGAGAGGGUUUAUUUUGAAAUCAGUGAGUCCAGCCGAACUCAGUGGGAGAAGCCUCAGGUCAAGGAGUCCAAAAGACAGUUCAUAUUUGAUGUGGUCAACGAGGGAGGGGAAAAAGAGAAGAUGGAGCUCUUUGUGAACUUCUGUGAGGACACCAUAUUUGAAAUGCAGUUGGCGGCUCAGAUCUCAGAGUCAGAUUUGAACGAGAGGUCAGCGAAUAAAGAAGAAAGUGAGAAGGAGAGGCCCGAAGAGCAGGGACCGAGAAUGGGCUUCUUUUCCAUCCUGACAGUGAAGUCGGCGCUGUUUGCUCUCAGGUACAAUAUCUUGACCCUCAUGCGGAUGCUCAGUCUAAAAAGCCUGAAGAAACAGAUGAAAAAAGUGAAAAAAAUGACCAUGAAGGACAUGGUCACAGCCUUCUUUUCGUCCUACUGGAGUAUUUUUAUGACCCUCCUGCACUUUGUGGCCAGUGUUUCCAGAGGCUUCUUCCGCAUCAUUUGCAGCCUGCUGCUGGGGGGAAGCCUGGUAGAAGGUGCUAAAAAGAUCAAAGUCGCAGAACUCUUAGCCAACAUGCCAGACCCCACUCAGGAUGAGGUGAGAGGCGAUGGAGAGGAAGGAGAGAGGAAACCCAUGGACACUGCCCUGCCCUCUGAAGAUCUGACAGACCUAAAGGAACUGACAGAGGAAAGUGACCUUCUCUCGGACAUAUUUGGCUUGGAUCUGAAGAGAGAAGGAGGACAGUACAAGCUAAUUCCUCAUAAUCCAAAUGCCGGCCUCAGUGACCUAAUGAGCAACCCAGUUCCCCUCCCCGAGGUGCAAGAAAAAUUUCAGGAACAGAAGGCUAAAGAAGAAGAAAAGGAAGAAAAAGAAGAAGCCAAGUCGGAACCCGAAAAGGCCGAGGGAGAAGAUGGAGAAAAAGAAGAGAAAGCCAAAGAAGACAAGGGUAAACAAAAGUUGAGGCAGCUUCACACACACAGAUAUGGAGAACCAGAAGUUCCCGAAUCUGCAUUCUGGAAGAAAAUCAUAGCAUAUCAACAGAAACUUCUAAACUAUUUUGCUCGCAACUUUUACAACAUGAGAAUGUUAGCCUUAUUUGUCGCAUUUGCAAUCAAUUUCAUCUUGCUCUUUUAUAAGGUCUCCACGUCUUCUGUGGUUGAAGGAAAGGAGCUCCCCACUCGAAGUUCAAGUGAAAACGCCAAAGUUACCAGCCUAGACAGCAGUUCCCACAGAAUCAUCGCAGUUCACUACGUGCUAGAGGAGAGCAGCGGCUACAUGGAGCCCACGUUGCGUAUCUUAGCUAUUCUUCACACAGUCAUUUCCUUCUUCUGCAUCAUUGGAUACUACUGCUUGAAAGUCCCAUUGGUUAUUUUUAAGCGAGAAAAGGAAGUAGCUCGAAAAUUGGAAUUUGAUGGGCUUUAUAUUACAGAACAGCCUUCAGAAGAUGAUAUUAAAGGCCAAUGGGAUCGACUAGUAAUCAACACACAGUCAUUUCCCAACAAUUACUGGGACAAAUUUGUUAAAAGAAAGGUUAUGGAUAAAUAUGGGGAGUUCUAUGGCCGAGACAGAAUCAGUGAGUUACUUGGCAUGGACAAAGCAGCUCUGGACUUCAGUGAUGCCCGAGAAAAGAAGAAGCCGAAGAAAGACAGUUCCUUAUCGGCAGUCCUCAACUCCAUUGAUGUGAAGUAUCAGAUGUGGAAACUAGGAGUUGUUUUCACUGACAACUCCUUCCUAUACCUAGCUUGGUAUAUGACUAUGUCCGUUCUUGGACACUAUAACAACUUUUUUUUUGCUGCCCAUCUUCUUGACAUUGCUAUGGGAUUCAAGACUUUAAGAACCAUCUUGUCAUCAGUAACUCACAAUGGCAAACAGCUCGUAUUAACUGUUGGCUUAUUAGCUGUUGUCGUAUACCUGUAUACUGUGGUGGCAUUCAAUUUUUUUCGAAAAUUCUACAAUAAAAGUGAAGAUGGUGAUACACCAGACAUGAAAUGUGAUGACAUGCUAACAUGCUACAUGUUCCACAUGUAUGUUGGGGUUCGUGCUGGAGGCGGGAUCGGCGAUGAAAUUGAAGACCCAGCAGGAGAUGAAUAUGAGAUCUAUCGAAUCAUCUUUGACAUCACUUUCUUCUUCUUUGUAAUUGUCAUCCUCUUGGCCAUAAUACAAGGUCUAAUUAUUGAUGCUUUUGGAGAACUUAGAGAUCAACAGGAACAAGUCAAAGAAGACAUGGAGGUUUUUUCUGAUGUAUCUCAUAAACAAAGAUGAAACUGAACACACAGGACAGGAAUCUUAUGUCUGGAAGAUGUAUCAAGAAAGGUGCUGGGAAUUUUUCCCAGCAGGGGAUUGUUUCCGGAAACAGUAUGAAGACC